AUGGCGGCCCCCCGAUACCAAUCUAGCGAGCUGCGGCGCCAGGUCGGUUCGCCGAGAGUGAAAACCCGAGAAAACAAGGAAACCCUCUGCCGAAACGUCUUGAUAUAUGGCCAUUGCCGCUACGAAGACCAAGGCUGCACCUUCUCACACGAGCAGAAUAAAGGAAACAACCAAAACCAAAACCAACAAGACUCAUCCAAAAAAUCCUUCAAUGUCGAGUCGCCCUCAUUUACCCCAGCCAAUCUUGGGCCUGCGGCGGCCGUCAAGAAGUCCUUCACCUCGCAGGCUGCCAAUGCGCCGGCGUUUACCCCUCGCGGAAUAGCGGGCGCUGCAACGCCAGUCGAGGGGGAUGCCGUCUUCAAUCCCGCCGCCAUUCGCGAGUUCACGCCGUCGUUUGACGCAAAUGUUUCUGCCACAACUGCCAACGGAGGCCCUCCCGACGGCCCCGUGUCGUUUGACCCCUUCAAUAUGGGGGCUGUCGCUCAGGGCCUUCCAGCCGCACAGUUCAACCCAUAUGCAGAGAACCACGGAGGCUUGUCCGGAGCAGCGCAGCAGUUCUACCAAGGAGCAGGCGCAUUCUCAGCGCCGCUACAGCCACUACAAUAUCAUCUAUAUGCACCCGUUGGACCGCAUCGCGAAGAUCUCAUGCAGUACCACCGUGUCACACACGACUUUUUCAUCCCCGAGAAGUUACGGGAAGAUAUGCAGCGCAAGUCGGAAGCGUCGCUUCAAGUCAUGCCCAAUUCCCAGCUGCCGCAGCUGGACAAUUACCACUCGCUAGUUGCGCUCGAUACGAGCCAGCGCAAAAAUGUCAGCAUAUUCGGAUACCCCAGCUGGGUUUACAAAGCGACGUCGUCCAAAACUGGCAACAAUUACUGUCUGCGCCGCAUCGAAGGCUUCAGGCUCACAAACGAGCACGCGAUCAGAUCGGUAAAGGAAUGGAGACGGAUCGACAAUGCCAAUGUCGUUACUAUACACGACGCCUUCACUGCCAGAGCCUUUGGCGACAGCUCCCUCAUAUUUGUGCAGGAUUAUCACCCCUUAGCCAAGUCGCUAGCAGAGCAUCAUCUGACCGCAAAUCCUGUUCACGGACAGCGAUUCCAGCCAAAGUCACCCAUCUCCGAAGCCGUACUAUGGGGCUACAUUUCACAGAUUGCCAAUGCACUCAAAGCUAUCCAUUCGAGCAAUCUGGCUGCCAGGUGCAUCGACGUCAGCAAGAUUCUGGUGACGGGCAAAAACAGAAUUCGUCUGAACGCCUGCUCCAUUCUCGACGUUGUGCAGUUUGAAAACCGCCGCCCGCUCCCCGAAUUACAACAAGACGAUUUUGUGCAAUUUGGCCGCACCAUGCUCUGCUUGGCUACUGGAACUCUACCAGCGCACCUUAAUAAUAUCACAUCAUCUUUGGAGCAGAUGAGCAGAACAUAUUCGGCAGAACUUCGCGACACCAUCAUUUGGCUUUUCACGCCUGCUCAAACACCGGCGCAAAAGACCAUUGAUGAGUUCAUCCGAGGCGUUGCGGGCCAUAUUGUCACCUCGCUAGACCAGAGCCAACACCAGGCGGACGAGCUCAACACGGAGCUGUACCGAGAGCUCGAAAAUGGCCGUAUUGCGCGCCUCUUGAUGAAGCUCGGCGCUGUGAAUGAGCGACAGGAGUUUGACGGCGACCGGGCAUGGUCUGAAAACGGCGAGCGCUACAUGCUAAAGCUCUUCCGUGAUCACGUAUUCCACCAGGUGGAUAGUAACAACAAUCCAGUGCUGGACGUGGGUCACAUGCUGCGCAACCUCAACAAGCUGGAUGCGGGCACGGACGAAAAGAUUUGUCUGACAAGCCGGGAUGAGCAGACGAGUUUCAUUGUCAGCUACAAGGAGCUGAAGAAGCAGCUAGCAAGCGCCUUUAACGACUUGCAAAAGGGGAGCAAGCAAGCAAGGGGCAUCUAG